GUGUUCGGUCGCCUCCUCUGCAGUGUUCGGUCCGUCUGCGCUCCGUUAUUAUGAACACACCCUUCGCGAACAGCUGACUCUUGUCUAUGGAUAACUCGUCAACGCCAACCAUUCAUACAAUGGAAUAAGUCACACUGUUCUCUACCAGUCAUACAAGAGAUGGAGAGCCCCGGCGUAAUGGAGGCCGUACAGUCUCGGGCCGCCGUGAUGCCAGGUGGGCGGGACAGGGAGGAGAGGCCACUGAUAAUAGUGCCAGUGCCAAUGGAAUCGAGUCUAUCCAACAGUAAUGGCACUGUGCUCAUAUGCACAACUGACAAACUGGAGACUUGCCUCAAGUAUUAUAUGUCCAUAUUGAGUGCAGAGAGUCGCCGCCAGGGGGUGGUGGUGGUGGUGGAUGGUCAACACAGCUCUUGGCGGAUGGUGCGAGUCACAACGAGGCACCUUGCACUAGUGCUCGGCCAUUCGCUCAUGUCGCUCAUUGUGCUCAGGCCCGACGCCUUCUGGGACAAGCAGAGGAUGGAUGCCUGUGCACGCUUACAUCGCGAACGAGAGCCGAUAUACAUCCCAUUAAAUAGACUAAGUAAAUAUGUGGACAAAUCACAGUUACCAGAGGAAUUGGGAGGAACGUGGGUUUAUGAUCAUGAUCUCUGGAUUCAAAAUCGAAUUCAAGUUGAAGAUUUCUUAAAAGGAGCAGAAAGAGGUGUAUCAGAGUUAGAAAGGGUUAGACAAAGAGUCAGUGGACCCAAACAAGGAAUAAGACUCAGCACAGCAGAGGAAAAAUUGUCGGAAAGUGCUCAAGUUUUCACAGACACCAAGCAUUUGGCUCAUAAAGUUCUACAAUCAGGAAAACAACUGCUUGAUAGAGUUGAGAAAGACGCUGGCAUAAGCCGAGGGGCCAUGACACCUCAGGACACUUUGGACACAAAAGAGAAGGUUGAAAGACUUUUAGAAAUCAUCGAAGGUAAACUGGCCUUGCUACAAGAGGCAUGGGAGGAUGUUCAGAAGAGGAUCGUUGAUGCUAAGGAAGUUGAUGCCCUGGAAGAUGGUGUUCGUAGAGUAACAGACUGGAUCUUGGGAUCUGGAGAAAUGCUGCUGAAUGCUCAACAUGAAGUUGGCUAUGACGUCACAUCAGCGGAAGAUCUCCGAAGUGAUCAUGAGGCGGUCGAACUGCAAUGCAGGGAAACUUAUGGUCACUACGCAGAGCUCCUCCAUAAAAUCGAUUUAUUGGGCCAGAAUGGAGUGCAGUUGCAGGAGGACUUGAAGUCACAGAGAGAUUUCAUGGACUUUGUUUGCAGAAGCUUUGCAACACGCUUAGAGAGGAGACGAAAUGUACUCAUUACUUCGGCUAGAUUCUUCCGUCUUGUUUCAGAGUACUUCCAAAUGACAAGUGACGUCUAUGAGAGUCUUGUAAUGUGUAACAAAGUUGAAUCUCUCGACUCUGCUCAUUGUACACUGAUACAGCUUCAAGAAAGCCAAAUCGAUAUAGAUGCCAUUGAAACAGCUCUAGUUCGCGAAGGGGAAAAGUUAUCUGAUCUAUUAUCCAUGCCAGUGAAAGAUGCUCUUGGUAGGGAAUUGGAGGUCUGCUAUGAAGGAGACAUAGUCAAUGUGAGAGAGAUAUUGGACAUGACAACUGCCAGAAGACAACUCUUCAGAGAUAGUGUUGAAAUGCAAAGACUGACUCUACAGCAAGCAACCUACAUCCACGAUUAUGAACUAGAUGCCACGCAGGCUGUUCAGUGGUUGGAUGAUCUCUAUCGUGUUAUGCUGACCACUCACUCCCAUGUCGGCUGCAAUGUUUUCGAAAUUCAGAUGCAGAAAGAAGAGCACCAAUCAUUCCAGGACACUGCCAAGGGUACGUUCGAGUAUGGCUGUCAACUAGUGAAUGCAGCGCUGAGCCUGAGACAGUCGUGCAAGUUACCAUUGGAGGGGAACGUAGCGUUGUCUGUCAACCUGCGCCAGGCUUGGACCAGACUCAACACUGCCGGCCAGGAGCAGAUGACAAGGCUGCGAGUGUCAGCCGUCUUCCACCGUACUGUUCAUCAGCAUUGUAAACAACUGAAAGAAAUGAUGACAUCAGUGACAGCAAUUGAUGUUGAGGAGGAUGCUGCUCGGCGUCGCUCGAAAACCCGGAAGUUGUUUUCAAGCAGAGAGAGACUUUUAGUCGAAGUUGGGAGGAUGGUUCGUCUUGGAAGGCUACUACGCACCAGGCUAAGAGAACCGCUUUCUCAGGAGCAUUGUGAUAUGGCUAAGAGAGGAGAUAUUGACAGUGACAUGAAUGGCUUAGCAAUUGAAGCAGUAUCAAAUAAAUUGGCUGAAGUAACAAAUCUGGCAGAGCAAUUGGACAGAGCUCUAUGUGGGUCAGAAUCACUGUCAACCACCACAACUGGCUCAACCAAUAUUAGUAAACUGACUCUGGAUGAGAACGCUGAUUGGUACGCAUCAGUUUUGGAAAAGUCGAGCGAAGUAGUGAGCAAGCCAGGAGCAAGCUCAAGUGGUGGCAGCAGCAGUGUGCAGUGCGGUGCGCAGCCGCAGAGUGCAGGAGGCCACGAGGAUGGCAGCAAGUCGGAGGAGGAGUUCAUCACAGCUUCCGAGUGCACGUGCACCCCUCCGUCGAGGUCAUCCUCCUUCCACACGGCGUCCGAGGGCGAGGUCACGUCACCCUGGUGGGAGGGCGAGGGAGACGGCGAGGGGGAACAGGAAGCCGGCGAGGAAAUCAAACAUCAAACAGCUGAUGGAUCACCUGAAGAGGUGGUGACAAGUGUUGUCGAGAAUGUAGUUGUAACGGAGACACAUUACUUAACGCUCAGUCAUAAAACAGAGGAUGUUCCUUUGCCAGCAUCAAUGACCGAAAGGAACAUACAUAGAGAGGUGGCUGCAAUCACUGCUGAGAAGUCUGACGAGAUAUCAGCAGAUGGAGAGGUCAAUUUGAGCUGUGACGAUGCUCUAUUACAAGAUGGUAGUGCGUUGGGAGGAGCAGAAAGCUGUGCCAAAAAUGAGCUCGAAAUCAAAAAAGAGGGUGAAGCCGACAUCAAUGACAACAUAGUUCAUGAUCUGAAGGAGGUAGGCCAGGGAGAUAUAUUCAAUUAUAGCCAGCAACACAUAACAAGACAUGCAAUGGCCGGUGUUUUUUAAUCAUUUAAAAUUACCAAAACAACUUCAUUAGUUUUUGUUUUUUUCCACUGCCAAUUCAUUAAUAGAUUAUUGAAUCUUCAUAAUUCUAAUGCCUCACCAGAAAAAAGUGUUGUGUGCUAUUAUAGAGGAAAGAUAAUUGAUAUAACAUAGAUUGGUUAUUAUAUGUUGCUUCUUUCUUGUAAUUCUACUAAACACGUUUCCACAAUAAUUCAAUAACCACGUUAAAUCAUCUUUUGUGUUUUUUAUGCAAUUGAUUUAUUCACUCGUUUCUCAUUUCCAAUAGAUUCUAUCAAAUUUACUAUCAUAUUUUAUUGUUAAGAAAAACAAUUUGAAAUUCAAGACUGAGAUUUUAUCGUCUUUAUUUAAAUCACUUAUAUGUCCAACUUUUUAGACAACUAUAAUCGAAAAUUAUCUUUGUUUUUCUGUAUAUUAUCUUACAAAACUAGAUAAUAACUAACAUUUUAAAUCAUAGCCUAAUUAUUUAUAAAAAUAUUUUAUACUCUCUGAAAUCUCAUCACCUAUUGUAUUUGUAAUCCCACCAAUCUUUGUUGUUGGUAGUAUUCAAUAUAAAAUAAUCAACCAUUCCUUGAUAAAGUGAUAUUUUAAUAGUUGUACGGUAUCCAAGUAAAGUCAGCUAUUUAACAUGAACUUGUGCCAUUAUAGUUGUUUAUUCUUUUGAUGCUCAAAUUUGUAUUGAAUCCAUUUGAAUGGUUCUUCAUGAAAUAGAAUAAAUUAAUGUAUCCUAUGAAGGUUUCGAUUUUAUACAUUUGUAAAAAGUUAUACACUAGAAUAAAAUUGUGCAUUAGGAAAUCUAUUUUUUUGUGUUGACGUAGAUGUGUUAUCUCAUUUUGUAAUGUUAUGGAAUUCUAAUCCUUCAGUCUCCUCCCUCACAGCACCGUCUCCUUCAUAGAUAAUCUUCAAUCGAUUACUUAGAAUUUUAUAACCUAAAUGCUUAUUAUCCAUAUUACUAUUGGUGCAAUUAAUGUUAAAAAAUAAAUAUAUUUUUUAUGCUGCCUAGUGUGUUUAAGUUUUGAAGUGUUAAUGUUGUUUUCUGUAUUCAAAGCUAUGAAUGAUGUACUAACUCAGUUGCAUAUCAGAUUAACAUUAAAAUUUGGCUUCUACCUAUAAAUGUUAUAACGCUAUAAGAUUCUCAAUUAAACGUUUGUUUUUGUGUUUGA